AUGGCGGAGAGUCCACAAUCUGAGGGUUUCCCCAUAUCUGGAGAUGAUUCGAGGGAACGGAGGAGAAGACCGCGAAGGCGAGAACGUCAGGAACAGAUGAGGCCUUGGGAGGCGAGAUCGUCUAGCGGAACCGUUGCUUCGGAGCCGCUUCGUGCAGCUGGAACCUGGCACAAGACCCCAGCGUAUCAGGAGACGGGUAUUAUACAAUACAACAUAUGGUGUUCAUCUGACUCGUGUAUAUCGCUAAUCAGUCUUUGGAACGAAUCUCAGGAAGGUACGUACAAAGGGACGAGCAUAUCGCCAUCGCCUGUCUUCCCGUUCAAAACAGAACUUCAGGUCGGACCUCACCUAAAUCAACCCAUCUCUCCCUCGGGAGGUGUCAUUACCACUGGUAUGGCUGCCUUGCGUGUCGCUCAGAAACGUCGUCUUAAACGUACUGUGCUUCUAUCUAACGGCCUAAGCAGCGGUACACCACUUCUCUCAUAUCCUUCGCUCCCGAACGGUCUUCCAUCCGAGGUCGCCGGAGAGGCCGAGGAAGCCAUGCUAUCGCAUACAUGCACAGUCGCAGUGGUAGAUUUCACUAUCUUGGGUGUUGCUCUCAUGCAAUGCUUGGGAAUGAGGCUGGAUGAGCGGUAG